AUGUCAGGACAUCAUCAUGCUCCAGGUUUAAAUGCAUGGGCUAUAGGAGCCAUGUCAUCAGUAUUCAUCAUAUAUGUGGCCAUCAAAUCCCCCUUGAAAUACAAAUGGUUAAAAGAAGAUAGAAUAAGUCCUAAAGCUGAUUUAGCUUGGAGAAACGCUUCACAAACUUGGUUAGACAGUCAAAAAUAA